AGGAUGAGAGUGCUGCUAAUAAUGACAAUUCAUUGUCGAAUUAUGAUUAGGCGUCGUUGGACAAUGCAUUCACGCGUCACCCGGUGGUGGAAAAAAGAAGUGGGGCACUGGGGGCACCAAUGGCUCGACUUGAGUCUUGAACGUGUUCCAUCAGGUUUCGUCCCUUGAUGCCCGCUUCUAGAUAUAAGUAAUAUAAGUAGAGAUGCGAAUUCCUGUCAUUUUCCUCACAGAGCUGGUCUCUCCACAACUUAUACUCUUACGCAAAAAACCCACUGCUUAUCGUCCAGUUCUCGAGUAUUAUCCAUGGUUUACUCUCAAUCCAUCCUUACAGCUGUUAUCGCUAUUGGAGCCGCUUCUUAUGGCUCCGCUUUUCCUGUGCCAACUACUUCUGCUACGCACCAGAAUGGCAUGCCCAUCGACCUCUCUCACAUUGGAGAUGUGACAGUUCUCGAUACCUCUCUUUCAGGUAGCCACGCAAAGGCUCGGCGAACUGUCGAGGUGGUCCGAGAAAAUUUCAAUGCUCGAGAUUUCGACGUCAUUGUUAAAGACAAUGCUGAAGGGGACUGGCGUCAUCAUGUACCUACUAGUAACGAGGAAGAAUCUGAGGAAAAAGAAGAAUCUCCUCACAACGUCGAAAUUCUUCCGGUUUCGGUCCAUAUUCCCUCCAUUGCCGGUAUGACCCAGAAUCUUCAGGAUCCGACCCCCCAUUGCAGCGCACCCCCCGCCGAAUACAGUCUCCCUUCUCAAUAUCCUCACAACCUCAUCCGUGGUGUAAAAGCUAUCGAAUACACUUCGAAAGAGAUAUCUGUGGACUUUGAUGAGGCGCUAUAUGCUUUCAAAGUACUCGAAUGCAAUUGGACGAAGUUUUUGGAUGACACAGACCCAGGAAGGGAGAUCAAGAGGGGGAACCAAGUAAUUCAAAACACAUGGCGUCGUUACCUAGAAGAUUUGUGUAGCACUCAACAGAAGCUCACAAUCAAGCACCAUCCUCGCGCUGUUCCCUGAAAUGAGUUUCGGACUAAAUUACUCUCACUAGUACAAAUACAUUGCCUCUUGCGUAUACUCAUGCUUUUGAUGAUAGUACUGUCGUCUCUGCAGGCGAUUGUUAAGGGAUCGGAAGGUCCUUUACUGUGUGUUUGCUCUGAAAGCUUAAAGCUCAAGCGCUCAAGCGUUCUGAAAGAGUAUUCCUCGCGGAGCUCAGAAUUCAGAUUUUACACCUACGAAACUCAACUAUACAAUUCUUCGCGAGAAGUUUAUAAUAAUCAGUCAACAAUCCCUUCGUGCAAUCGCCUUUGAGCACAUCGAACC